UGCUCGCGCAGGGCGCGCACGCGCCGGGCCAGCUCCGCGAUCAGCCGCGGCCGCACCUUCUUCCGCGCCAUGGCCGGUCCGCGAGCCCAGCCGUCCUGCCGGAAGCCGCCUCCGAAGCCCGCCCGCCGCCGGAAGCGGCCGGAGUCACAGGCAAAGGCGUCCGGGCGCGGCCGGAGGGGAGGAGACCUGGCCGGCCAUGGCGCCGGCGGGGUAUGGGAGGACCGCGGGCUCGGGCCGGGGCCGGGGCCGCCCGCGGCGCCCCCCGACCUGGGAGAUUUCGGACUCGGACACCGAGGGCCCCGCCAGCGCGGAGGCCGCCGAGAGGGCCCGAGACCCGGCGGCCGAGGCGCUGCGGCUGCUGCGGCCCGAGCAGGCCCUGAGGCGCCUCGCGGUGCGCGUGGACCCAGCCAUCCUGGAAGAUGCUGGUGCCGACGUCCUGAUGGAGGCCCUGGAGGCCCUGGGCUGCGAACACCGCAUCGAGCCCCAGCGCCCCGCCCGGAGCCUCCGGUGGAGCAGGGUGAGGCCGGAGCCCUGCCCCUGCAGCGUGCUUCCUGAGGUGGGGGCGGCAGAGGAGCAGGACCUGCUGUUGCUUCUGGAGCCUGAGGAGUUUCUGCGGGGCGUCUCCCAGCUGAUCCAGGCCUCUGGCCCAGCCUGCCCGCUACCCUGGUUUCUUCCAGAGGUCCCCUCCCGUCGCCACCUGGCUGUCAUCGGGCUGGAUGCCUACCUAUGGUCUCGUCAGCCCAUCAACCAGGGGACGCAGCAGCCAGAGAGUCCAGAGGUGGCCCAUGCCAAGGUGACUGUCGGCUGGCCGGAGGUGGAGGAGGCCCUGGUGCACCUGCAGCUCUGGGCGAACGUGGACGUGCUGCUGGUGGCCUCCUGGCAAGAGCUGAGUCGGCACGUGUGCGCUGUCACCAGAGCCCUUGCCCAGCGCCCCUUCAAGCAGUCCCAGGCCUUUUCCUUCUGCACAGCAGGGCGCUGGGCAGCGGGCACGCCGGUGACAAGAGACGGCGCGGGGCUACGGAGGGCCUGGUGGAGGCAGAUCAGGCAGUUUAACCGGGUCAGCCCGGCCGUGGCCGACGCUGUUGUCACUGCCUUCCCCUCCCCCCGCCUCCUACAGCAGGCACUCAAGGCCUGCAGCACGGAGCAGGAGCGCAUGGGCCUCCUGGCAGACCUCCCCGUGAAGGCCAGUGAUGGUGCGCGGCCCCGCAGGGUGGGGCCAGACCUCUCCCGCCGCGUGUACCUCUUUCUGACCACCACCAACCCCGACCUCCUGCUGGACCUGGGCUCCUGACCGCAGCUUCAGGACCCAGCAGGGGCCUCCUCCUGCCUGCCAGCAGCACCGCACGUGGCCUCAGGGAUUGACCAGACACCUUGGCCUAACGAGUGCUCUCGCUCUGGGGUGGGCUCCCAGCCUCUGGCUGGGUCCAGGUCUGACCUCAAGGGGCGGGCACAGUGGGGCAGGGAACGUUUUUGGAUAACUGGGCUGAGCAGAAGUUCUUUGCCAGCUUGUAGAUGGCAUGUAGCCAAAAGGUCUGGGGGGGGCGGUGGGCUGACAUGCCCUUGGCCGUGGGGAAGCUGAGCAGCAGGGCUGUGAGCCAAGCUAGGACAAUGUCGAGGGCAGUAUCCAGGUCCCCUCUGCCACCGGGAGGCUUGGGUGGUACCCUCAGGGAGAAGCAGUAAGGAAAUCUCUAGGGAGAAAGGAAGCACACACACCCCCACCCCACCCCCGCAGCCUGCCUCUCCCCAGCGGUGUCAGGACGGAGCCAGGCUCGCCGGGAGAACCCGUGGACACCAGUGAGCCUUCGGCCUCCAGGUGGGCUCGUUUAACCUCACAGCUGUGUGGGAGUUACAGGCAGACUCUGUUUAUUACAGUCACGUAAGUCUGUGCGACAGGAACAGCAGUCGAUCACAUGCAAAGCGAGUUAUGAAAACCAAGGCCGCAGGAGCAGGAACAGCUGAGCUCCAGCAAGGCCCUCCUCGUUGGCAGCGGACGGCAGCCCCCUGGGGGACUCGAGCUCUGGCGGCUGCUUCCCCAGCCGGCACAGGCAGCCAAGUGGACUUGGACACCCAACGGCCUGUGGCCCUGGAGCCCCUAUAGGAGGGACUGUCCUGGCCUCGGGUGGCAGGGAGAUGGCUCCAGACACCUCACCCCACUCCUCCCUCUCCUGCUGCCCUGGAGUGUGGCCGGAAGGGAGGGACAGAGAAGACAGCUGUCCCGGCCCAAGAAGGCAGUUUUCAUUGGAAACUAAGUCAGGUCCGUCGGCAGCGCUUCCUCUGGCAGGGCCGGGUCUCGGGGCCGCCGGGACUGGCCGCAGCCGCCUUGGGCGGGGCUGCCGGGGCCUUGCGGCGGCUGCAGUUCAUGCUCAGCACCCAGCCCAGCUUGUUGUGCAGCAUCUGCUUGAGACCAGGCGGCAGGGGCAGGCCCUCGAGUGUGUCCCCCGAGUCUGGCCGCAGCUGCCGCAGCCGGUAACAACACAGGUACUGCAGGGAGGUGACGCUGGCGCAGGAGCGGAUCACCUUCAUGCUGCUCUUGGCCGCCGUGGAGCACACCAUCGGGUAGAACUUCUUGUUCUGCAGCUUGGUGGCUGCCACUCCUGGAAGGGAAGGGCCUGGCCUGAGCCCUGGGCCAGUGAGGGGGGCAGGGAAGGGGCAUCGUGCUAAGGUGCCCGGGUGAGCAGCCGAGUGGGGAGAUCAGGACCCAUGCUCUGGCCCACGAGUCUCCAGCCUGGCCUUGCACUGGCCCCUGGCCCACCUGCUGGGGACCCCGGGACUCCUGGCUUCUGGGGGAAGCCCUGGUCAGCCUGGGACGGGCCUGGGCUGGGGUACCUGCCUCCUGCAGGGUCUCCAGGCAAGGUCCUGGCCGAGACAAGCCGUGCCCUGGCUGCCCUCACCUAUGCACUUCCUGUUCUUGAAGAAGGUCAGCGUCCCGUGCCAGGUGUCCAGGUGCACGCCGAUGAUGGAGCCCUGGCCAAACCUCGAGGAGAAGCUGGUCUUGUCUCCCUUGUGAUGAAGGAGCCCUGGGGGCAGCCGGGGUGGGAACCACAGCUCCUCAAGGGAGGCCGGGUCCUGCCAGUCUCUCCUGUUACACGCAGCAUCUGGCAUGUGGCCACACGGUGGCAGUGAACGGAUUGAGUCAACAGAAGUCAGCUGAGUGAGGGGCCUGUGUCAAAGCCGGGCACCUGCAGGGCGGGGCGGCACCGUCUGGCAGCACUUGCUGCCCCCGCAGGGGACCUGCCUCCCCAGGAGGAGAAGCCACAAGGAACAGGACACAGGAAGCUCAAGUGGCUUCCCGGUGAACGUGGGCCUGUCAGGACCAACCAGAACGGGACAGCCGUCCUCCAGAGGGGCCCCGGCCUGCAGACAGGGCAGGCCCACCGAGGCAGGAGCCCGGGCACCGAACUGAACACCAAAGGCCCAGGGGCAAGCUGGCCAUCACCUCAGCUCCCCGGGACGGAGACAGACUUGACCCCAGUGGCAACUCUGUGGGCAUAGGGAAGGGAGGUGUGUGUCAUUCAGCCUUCUAAGGCACCCAGGAUGACCUGCCCACGCACGUGCGCUGCAGGCCCAUUUGGUGACAGAGCACAGGCAGCAUGCAUGCGUCAGACGCUGCACCCAGCCCGCAGACGCCACCUGCAUCCCACAGCCAUGAGCCUGUGAGGCAGGGGCAGCCCCGAGAGCAGCCUGCUCGGCCACGUAACCAGUGGGGGCCGGAGGCAGGGCAGGAAUGCAGGCUGGCCCCUCCCUGGCUGGAGCAGGCUGGCAGAUGGACCAGGGUUCCCAGUCCACCCCCAGUGCCUGGUGGUCCCACUGGGCUAAGGGACAAGCCCUCGUUCUGGGAGGAGAGGACCCUAGCCCGUCCCAGGACACCUGGCUAGGGCAGAACAACACUGCAGGAUAGCUGUGACAACAGUGCAGAGACGGUCACCCAAGAAGCGGCCCCACCAGGAAACGGCCAAACUCCUGCGCUGGCCUAAGGAGGACCUCAGGACACCAACUGAGAAACCACCCCCCAGUGGGCCCUCACCCCCUUCCUGCCUCACGGCCCCCUGUCAGGCAGAACCGCCGAGCCGGCUGGCCCGUGAGCCCCGCGUGGUGGAGUCGGCACAGACUGGCAGGCAUGUCGGACAGCCGUGCCUGCAGACGGACACCGAGCUUCGCCACGGACACCCUCGUGUCUCUGUGGCUCCCUGAAUGGAAGAAGGCCCAGGAAUUCUGAUUUUCAAGAAUCAGGGUUCUCUUUCUUACGUGUGUAUACACGCAUGUAGGGUACAUGUUUGUACUGGCCAAAGAAACUCUCAGAAGUGUGCACACCAAAUUAGCGACAGCUAUCUCUGGAAACUGGUUGGGUAGACACAAUGGAGAAUUUCUGAAGAAUGAACUGAUCAAAACCAACUGCCAACCUCUCUGCACACUGCACUGUGCAGAGAAGAGCAAACAAAGAAGAACACGGUGUCUGUUCUGAGGUCCUGUCACCCCCGAGGCUGUGUGUCCUUUCCCAGGUUAAAGAAUUUCACUGAGUGUAGCACACCCAGGAGACAGUCCCCAGUCCGGUAGCACCUGCCUAGAGCAUCUCCACACUCCAGUCCAGCCUCACCCGCGGGGACCUACCUGCCCAUCGGAGUCGUAGCCCCAGUUAGUGUUGCCUGCCAGAGCCACUGCUCGGGCGUCCGCGUCUCGGCGGGCCGCACUCAGGACGAAAUGCCAUGCCCUGCUGCUCCGGGGGCGUCUGGCCAUGGUGGAGAGAAUCUGGAAGAAAACAGGUUCUGAGCAAAAGAAGACAGGCAGCAUGUCAGAAUGUCCCCCAGCACCGGCCCCCAAGUCCUCUGCCUGCAGUACUUCUCAGGCACUUCUCCCGGCCCACCCACGGGCAGGGACUUCAGGAGCCUGCACCUCACUCAAGCAUCUGAGCACCUCAAUAAAACCUAGGUAGAUGGUGUGAAAUGCCAUCCAGACAUCCAUGACUCUGGAGUGUGACUCCCAGCCCAUCUCUCCUCAGCUCCUCAUAAACCUGGCUGCCCGCCUGCAUGUUCCACAGGCAUCGCAAACCCUGACUGGCUCCUCCUUCAUUGUCCAGUUUGGCAAAUGGCUUCUCCAGCCUCCCAGUUCAUGCCAGAAACACGGCAGCCAUCCAUCCAUCCCUGACACACCCUUCCUCUUUCCCCAAGGCCUGACUGCCCGGCACACCCCACCACACGCAAGUGUCUUCCUCGCUGCCGUGGGGCCACCAUCUCCUGGGCCACAUGACUCACCUUCCACUUCACUCACUACUGCCAAGUUCUCUUUUGAUACACAAACCUAAAACCCGUUCAGGGCUUGCCAUUGUUCUUGGGAAAAAACGCAAAAUUCCAUAAAGGCUGGUUCUCUGC